CAGAUGCGGCUGGAGGCGCGCGGGAGCUAGGCGCGAGCAGAGCGCAGCCGCGAGGGAGGCGCGGGGGAGGCCAUCGGGGACCCGGGCGCCAGCAGCAGCUAGUGUCGGCCGAGAGCAGCGGGGCGCAGCCGGAGCCGCAGUCGCGAUGGCCGUGGCUGUAGGGAGACCGAGUAAUGAAGAACUUCGGAACUUAUCGCUUUCUGGCCAUGUUGGAUUUGACAGUCUCCCUGACCAGCUGGUCAACAAAUCCACUUCUCAAGGAUUCUGUUUCAACAUCCUGUGCGUGGGUGAGACGGGUAUUGGCAAAUCCACAUUGAUGGACACUUUAUUCAACACCAAAUUUGAAAGUGACCCAGCUACUCACAACGAGCCAGGUGUCCGGUUAAAAGCCAGAAGUUAUGAACUUCAGGAGAGCAACGUACGACUGAAGCUAACCAUUGUCGACACAGUGGGGUUUGGAGACCAGAUUAAUAAGGAUGACAGCUAUAAGCCUAUCGUGGAGUAUAUUGAUGCCCAGUUUGAGGCCUACUUGCAAGAGGAAUUGAAAAUUAAACGUUCUCUCUUCAACUACCAUGACACAAGGAUUCACGCCUGCCUUUACUUCAUCGCCCCCACGGGACAUUCACUGAAGUCCCUGGACCUGGUCACCAUGAAGAAGCUGGACAGUAAGGUGAACAUCAUUCCAAUAAUUGCAAAAGCGGACACCAUUGCCAAGAACGAAUUGCACAAAUUCAAGAGUAAGAUCAUGAGUGAACUAGUGAGCAACGGAGUCCAGAUAUAUCAGUUCCCCACGGAUGAGGAAACAGUGGCCGAGAUUAAUGCAACGAUGAGUGUCCAUCUCCCCUUUGCGGUGGUUGGCAGCACUGAAGAAGUGAAGAUUGGCAACAAGAUGGCCAAGGCCAGGCAGUACCCCUGGGGUGUGGUGCAGGUUGAGAAUGAAAACCACUGUGAUUUUGUGAAGCUGAGAGAGAUGCUGAUCCGCGUGAACAUGGAGGACUUGCGAGAACAGACACACACUCGUCACUAUGAGUUGUAUCGGCGCUGUAAGCUUGAGGAGAUGGGCUUCAAGGACACCGACCCCGACAGCAAGCCCUUCAGUCUUCAAGAGACGUAUGAAGCAAAAAGGAACGAAUUCCUGGGAGAGCUGCAGAAGAAAGAGGAGGAAAUGAGGCAGAUGUUUGUCAUGAGAGUGAAGGAGAAAGAGGCGGAGCUUAAGGAGGCAGAGAAAGAGCUUCACGAGAAGUUUGACCUCCUGAAGCGGACACACCAAGAGGAGAAGAGAAAGGUGGAGGACAAGAAGAAGGAUCUUGAGGAGGAGGUGAGCAACUUCCAGAAGAAGAAGGCAGCCGCUCAGCUCCUGCAGUCCCAGGCCCAGCAGUCCGGGGCCCAGCAAACCAAGAAGGACAAGGAUAAGAAAAAUGCAAGCUUCACAUAGAGCCGACCAAGCCAAGGACACUCCCGCAUUCACCUGCUUUGGCAGUGAUAGCGCCUCUCUGUCGCCUGGGCCCUGUUUGAUCUGUGUUGCACCCUUCCCCACAUACCAGUAACCCUUAGCGCAUUUUGCUAAAUGUUGUCGGGGGUGGGGGGUAGGAAACCAUUGUAGAACGAGGGGAUAAGAGCAAAUGCUCGUGCGGCUAGACUUUGUUUCUGGAAAGUUGUUGAUUUGCCUUGUAUGCCUGCUCCAAGCGGCAGCGGGAAGCAUGUCUGUCACUUCUGUGUCGCUUUGGACCGAGGAAAGUGGGGUAAAAUACUACCUGUACGUCUGAUGUGAAAACUCACCACCUCUGCAGCUGAACUAAGACCCUGAGUAGCCAUGACAACAACUUCAUUUCCUUGAUUAUUCAUCUCGUGCUCACACAGCCCCUCAAUUCAAUGUCCCUUCUCCACAGUUGCCACAAGCCGUGGGUGCGCUUGAAAGGGCAGAAAUGUGAGUUGGUAUCGCAGACAGCUUUUCGCUGGUAUGGCCUUUUCUUUUUAUCACUUGGCUAUUUGGUAUCACUUGGCUAUUUGGCCCGAGCUUGUGGUCUGCUCAGACUCUCAUAAGGACGGAGUCUACACCAAAUGCCCACUCUAAAGCCUGGGCGAGCUGCUGUAAGAAACAUGGCUAUGUUCACCUCCACACCAGGGAGUCCCUGAUGCUUUCACAGGUCCAGAUCUCAAAGACCAGCUCAUUAAGUAUUGCUUAGCUGAGGAUGCUGGGCUCACCCCACCCCUGUCCUCCAGCCCCUCCCCACACACCUGCAUUUGCCUUAAGCAGGCUGAGAGGAGACCUGGAAGUUGAUUCCAGGAUAUGUAUGGCUACUUCUAAUAGAAAUUUUCACGAAUUGCAAUGAAAAGCACCUGCCAUGAAUACUUCCUAUACAUCUCUUACCUGUAGCACCAAUCUGAAAGGAUGUCCUCACUGAGGGGAGGAGGGGAGUGAGCACAGUGUUCCAUUACUCAAAGCAGAGAAUGAAGAGGCUGCAGUCGGUCAGCUUCCCUUGGGCUCCUUGCUCUUGUUGACACACAGUUGUCUGUCUCUAAGGAAUGUUCCUCACUUGUCCCCUCGCUGUGAUUAGUUCUGCCUGCUCUGUCUCUUGGGGUCAUCAGUCACUUUGCCCCCCCCCCAUAGCGCUAUCGCGUGUGCCAGGACAUGCCCCAUCUGCUUGCCCCUUUUCCUUCUUGUCUUCUGCUUGGCUGCCCCCUCUAAGGAGAUCCCCUGGCUUUUCCCGCUGUCCUAACGUUUCUCGUGAGCCCAGUCCUUCGCCUCUACAUUUCCCUCCAACAUAGUGAGUUACACGUGAAUAGGAUAAAACAUACUGUAUCCCCUCUGUGACAUACUUGGAAAAAAGGUCCAGCCAGUCUCUAUCUGAUCCCAGCCAAGUUUGUAUGGUCUCCCUUUCUUCAUCUCCCAGUCAUUAGAAGAAAGCACUGGUCUUUCAUAAACUGAUUUAGGCUUCCUUAGACAAAGUAAGGAAACUGGCUCCGCUGGGGUGCAGACCAGGCUGGGACAGAAGACACAGAAGGUUGCAGCAAUAGCCGCAGCGUCUCCCUCCCUCACCCCCCCACCCCCCACCUCCGUCUUCACUGAUGGGGGAGGAGUGCCUAGACAGACGCUGGCUUUGCUUCCGUUCCUCUAGCUGGCAGAGGAGCAGCAGGCUCUACUGGCAUGCUCUACCGGCAUGCUCUAAACUGGCAUGCUCGCUAACCGUGGCCGCGUUUGCUUCUUCGCUGGGCACCACACAAGACCUUGGGUGUUUGUAUUGUAUGCUUGUUCCAGCUGCUGCUUGUGUGAGCAUUUAUUUGUGCCUGGUUAUAGAAAAUAACCCUUUGCAUUUGAGUUCUCACAUCCCUAAAAGCUUUUUAAGAUAAGCUCAGCAAACAUUUUUUUUUUGAAAAAUCAUCCAGUUGACUUUUUGAUGCCAAGAUUAUUGAUUGAAUUUUUUUUUUGCUUUUUUUUUUUUUACAGUAAAAUAAAUCCUAUGGAGAGUCAGGGAAUAAUAAAAAAGCUUUAAAAAGAGAAAACCCUGUAUUGCUUCUAAAGCUGUUUCCUCCCACUGCUCCCAAGCCUCCUGUAGCUCGUUAUUGCUGCUCUUUUCUUUCGGUAUCUAUGCCUUUCUUCACAGUAGUCCCUGGCUCUGCACGGAGUAAACGAUGCUCUCAAAUCUAACUGGAUGUGCUUUCACCUUUGCAUGUAAGUACAGGAGUAAGAACUCUGAGCUCUUUCUGUUUCCGAUUAGGGAAAACAAAUGGGACAGAUGAGUUUUUCUUUUGGAAGGGGUCCUGAAGGUAUAGUCCGAGUAGCCUUUUUUUUUUCUUCUUCUUCUUCUUCUUCUUCCUUAAGCUAAAUCAUCUCUCCCGCCACAUUUAUAUUUUGCCCCAUGGCUUAUGCUUCCUCUUGAUCUCAGUGGAGUAAGGUUCUGGUUACUGAUUGCAGCCAUUGUUCUGCACAGCACCAUGGAACAGGCCUUUGACUCUUGACAGUGGGAGAGAGAAACUCCCACCGUUUACUGCACAGAAGUCUGGAAAACCGUGUCUCUGCGGCUUUUCUGAUCCCUUACAGUCUGGGUCUUAGUCUAAUGGCACAGUGGCCACUUCUAUUUUUUUGUCGGAUGGCUUUGGCUUCUCCCUGAGCAUCUUUUGCUCCUUCUGGACUGUGUGUCCUGUAACAGUUUCCGUACUGCAGGGUAUGGUGGAGCGGCCAGCAUGAGAAUUGAGUGGCAGCUCAGGACUGGUUUCCCAGCUGGGGCUCUUUAGUAAUUGGUCCAAAGGGGCAUCUCUGAGCAAGGGGAACCGUUCCACUUGAUACUGGGUUUCUCGUUUUCCUCCCUCUCUACUUUGUAACUCACCAGCAUAGGCUCCCACCUCCUUUCCAUCCUGUGCCCCUCUGAUGGGUGGACUUGGUCAUCUAACUUUCCUGAUACACCCUAAUAUUCUGCAGAGUCAGGGUUGAGUCGCCCCACGCCUACACCCCCCCCCCCAUCAUACUGUCUCUGUGUGGUCCAUUUGAAUCCCUUGGCUUUGCCAUUCACAAGUGUCUGGAUUUGUCGGGUGUCAGUUUCCAAAAGUCCUAGUUCCAUUGACAGGACAUUUAUUAUGGAGUUGUUAGCUGAAUUAUGACCUACAGAGUCUAGUUUGUAUGUAGGUAUGAAGGGAAUUUUUAAAAAUAAAUUGAAAAUUAAGCUGUGAACAGCAUUAGAACUUUGUCUAUUUCUUGAUUUAAAAAUAUGCUGAUAUGCCUUAAACUGUAGUUGUAGAACUGUCAUUUUUGCUGUUUGAAGAUAACUAAUGUUUUCUAAACUUGUUGUGUAAUCUUUCAGUGUUAAUGCAGAAUUGUCAUGUAUGUAAGCUGCAUGUUAGACACUUGUCUUUUUUAAGAAUUAAGAUAAUUGUAUUGAUGUGAAGCAUAUCCUUCCUACAAGUAUGAAAGUGCUGCCUCAGCAGCCUGCUGAGUAACUCCAGUGUCUGUAAACAUGGUAUGGUGACAGGUGACCUAUGCAUAUAUCACUAGUGCCAAGACCUAAAGCAGGGAAAUAUAUUUUUACCCAACCGUU